AUGAAUGGAACAACUCCACCCUUUUCUCUUGGGGAAAAGCUCGCAGCUGUCGUCACCGAGCUCAUUUUGUCCAACGCAGAUGAACAGCCCACACCAUCCUCCUGUGCAGAAUCUGGAAAAACCUCCAGAAAGACGUCCGGAAAGACGUCUUAUUUGCCCAAAUUCAGAGCCCCGGACCGGCGACCCACACAGCUUGACGAUCUGGAUGAUUCCAUCUACCAUCAAAUUUACCCGACACAAGAGAAAGCCCGGCUCUGCGCCGAUGCCAAACACUUCUACGUCGUGUCCAGCGGUGCAAGUCUUGUUGAUCCGGGUAUCAUUAUGGCCAGUGCCGGUACUGGGAAUGAUUACCUUAUUGCAGACUACCACGAGGAGGCAGAUGAUAAGACACUCGACAUACUUCGAAAAGUCGGUGCUGCAUCCAUGGCCUUUCUCAAAAUCUGUGUGUAUGCCGGAUUGAUGAGCGACUGGCAAUUUGACAACCUUUUGGCCAUGACUGUACAAUUUCGAGUCCUUGGCUAUUGGAGAGUUCACUCAAUGCCAAGGCGACCUAGCGAAGCUUAUGGAAGCCGAAUGACUGGUCUAAUUAUCCAUGGACACAUUGACCUUGGUCUGAUGGUGGGAGUGGUGGGAGCCUCUCUUGCAACUGGUGAGACGAUCAACGAGGCCGAGUUCAUGCAGCUGAUGGAGACCUGUACUCUAAUCAACGACAUGUUAGACUUUAGAGGGGACAAAGUGCAAAAGCAACGAGAGAAUGUAGUCCGCCAUGGUCUUCGGGGCUCUGCUUGCAAGUAUUUGGACGGCAGUAUUGCAAAGUGCGUAAAAGGAGCCGCUGAGCUUAUUGGGCGCCGGAAAAUCAACGCUGGUCAUUAUGAGCCUUUGCAAUUGGGGUCUCAUGGCAUGCCAUCACAAGGUGUACGAGCUGGUCCGUGGGUCCCAUCUCAACGAGCAGAAGGAAGUGUGCCUUUAUGA